AUGCUUUUUAACUUGGCAGUGCACAUUAAGGAGCAGACAGACGAUAUGCAGCAUUCUGACUGUCAGAUGGAGACACAGUGUGCGGAUCAAAUUAAAGAGGAGUCCUCAUGCUCGGAUAAUGAGGAGUGCAGCACGAGUAAGGCAGUUAUGCCGGCCAGCCUGUACACCAAUCACAAACCCUUAUGUUCGGACACUGCAGGUUAUGGUGUGAGUGAGGCAGAAAAGCUAACUGAUGAGGUAAAGGAGGAGGCCCUGUGUUCAGACGGCAUGACUGGCCUGAGCGAGUCGGCCAUGCUGGCCGGUGUGGAUACUGACCAUGAUGUAAAGGAUGAGCUUGUACUCGGAUCAGAGCAUGUGAAGGAAGAGCCUUCAUUGUCGGAGAGGAAUGGCCUGGAGUAUGAAAUGAGUGAGGCAGCCAUGCUGGCAGACCUGUAUGCUGACCAUGUCGUAAAGGACGAGUUGGUGCUGGGGCCGGAGCAUCCACAUCGGCCAGAUGUUUCUCUGGUAGUCCUCGACUGGGCGCUAGCUGUCACAGACGGUUUCCUGCAGGAGCCUCGGAAGCACACCUCUGCAACGCACCCGGCACUGAAGGACUGCUGUGUAAGGCUCGAGCGCCUCCACCACGAGGCCCCGGCCUUGCACACCAUACAAGACACCACUCACACUGACAGCGAUCCUGAAGAUGAAAUGUACACUACAGUUGACUGUGAGAGAGUGCCUGAAUCGGUGUGUGAUCUUUGUGGCAAGAAGUUUUCUCUAAAGUCUGAGUUAUUGAAGCAUGUCAUGACCCACAUUCACACGUCUAGUGUGGAGCAAGAAGGCAGCGGGCCUGUUGUCGCUGACUAUGUAUUUGAAGAAAAUCCGUUACAGGAGCGCGUCCUUAGUCGAGACUCUCCGCUCGCGCUCCGAGACGGCUGCGUGCUGCUCGAACACCUCCAACACCACGAGGCGCUCGCCGGCAACGACACAACACAUACUGCCGUGUCAGACAGUUUGAACACACACAUAUUAAGCCAUACUGGAGCGAAGCCUUAUUCUUGCGAAAUCUGCAAAAAACGGUUCGCACAAAAGAGCUAUUUGAACAGACACGUAAAAAGCCAUACUGGAAGCAGUUUGAACACACACAUACGAAGCCAUGCUGGAGCGAAGCCUUACUCUUGCGAUAUCUGCAAAAAACGGUUCGCGCGAAAGUCCAAUUUGAACACACACAUACUAAGCCAUACUGGAGCGAAGCCUUAUUCUUGCUUCAAAUCAGAUAUUUUAAGAAUUUAAAAAACCAUAAUAUGCGAGGUACGUUAAAUGAACUUUUAGCACUAGACACGGUUAGAGUACAUUUAAAAUAAAUAAAUAGAUAAAAUAAAAUAAAAAGCCUUUAUUAAUAGGGAG